GAGCCCGGAUGUGUGAGAAAGUUUGAUGACAGGCGAUUAAAAAAGUGCGGAGGCGAGAUGUCAAAACUGAUUAUCGUUCGUUAAAAGGGCCAUUUAGACGUCAUAGCAACAUGUGCGUUACUGUCCAUAAAUGUCUUAUCGUCGUCCUGCACGCGCUUGUUGCUGUUGCGAUAAAAGAGAGACGAAAUGUCCUGUUCAUCGUCGCUGACGAUCUGAGGACGUCUUUGGGUUGCUAUGGAGACGUCACCGUAAAAUCACCAAACAUUGACCAACUGGCAUCCAAAAGUCACGUUUUUCUCAAUGCAUUUGCACAGCAAGCUGUGUGCGCUCCCAGUCGGACUUCCAUGUUAACAAGUCGCAGACCAGAUACAACCAGGCUGUAUGAUUUUAAAUCCUACUGGAGAGUGCACUCUGGAAACUACACAACUCUUCCACAGUACUUUAAAUCACAAGGUUAUGCUACGAUGUCUGUGGGCAAGGUUUUUCACCCGGGCAUCGCCUCGAACCACACCGAUGACUAUCCUUACAGCUGGUCCAUCCCUGCGUACCACCCUGCUUCAUUCAGCUUUGAGAAAAAAAAGAUGUGCAAAGGAGAGGAUGGUCACCUCCAUGCCAACCUGCUGUGUGCAGUGAAUGUAGCUGAGCAGCCUGGAGGAACGCUGCCAGACAUGGAGAGUGUAGAUGAGGCGGUGAGACUACUGAAAACUCGGGCCACGGACGGCAGUCCUUUCUUCCUGGCUGUGGGCUUUCACAAACCCCACAUUCCCUUCCGGAUACCGCAGGAGUAUCUGCGCCUCUAUCCCAUAGAACAAAUGACUCUGGCCCCUGACCCAGAUGUUCCCAGGCGCCUUCCCCCUGUGGCCUACAACCCUUGGACAGACAUUAGGAAGAGAGACGAUGUCCAAAAGCUCAACAUUAGCUUCCCCUAUGGACCAAUUCCUAAGGACUUUCAACUACGUAUCCGCCAGCACUACUAUGCUGCCGUGUCCUACAUGGAUGCCCAGGUUGGUCGGCUGCUCAGUGCCCUCGAUGCCCUGGGGCUGGCUCAGAACACAAUAGUGGUUUUCACCUCCGAUCACGGUUGGUCACUUGGUGAGCAUGGCGAAUGGGCGAAAUACUCCAACUUUGACGUGGCAACGCAUGUCCCUCUUAUCUUCUACGUCCCUGAGGCUCCUGCACCUUACGGUGGCCUGAAAGCAUCUACCUUUCCCUUUGUGGAUGUCUUUAGCCAAUCAGAGUUCAUCUUCAAGAUUGAGGAAGUUGUAGAAAAUGUGGUGGAGCUUGUGGCUGUUUUUCCAACCGUCUCCCACUUGGCUGGCCUGAAAACACCUGCACCCUGUCCUGAGGUUUCUUUGCAGGAGGAGCUGUGUACAGAUGGAAUGAACUUGGCGCAUGAAUUCAAACCUAAAAAGAAAAAAAUCAAUGGGGAGGCAGUGUCUUUCAGCCAAUACCCGCGGCCUGCUGAUACACCACAGGAGUACUCGGACCUCCCUGACCUUAAAGACAUAAAGGUGAUGGGCUACUCUCUACGUUCUUAUGACUACAGAUUCACUCUGUGGCUAGGCUUUGACCCCAAAACAUAUCAGGUCAACGUGUCUGACGUCCAUGCCGGAGAGCUGUACAUGCUAGCAGACGACCCCGGUGAGGACAACAACGUGUACGAUGACUUUGAGCAACACGGCGUGAUGAUGAUGUGGAGGAAGAUGAAGAACGUGCCUCCUACUGUUAGUGUACAGACGAGGAUGAAACUGCAACUCCUCAACCUUACAGCAGCAAUGAAGAUGAGUGGAAGCAAAGCACGAUGACAGAGGGUUGGAGAGUGCACUCAAGCAAGAGAACCCAAAAACAGGGAAAAUAUUUGCUUUUUUUUUUUUUUUUUUUUACAAAAUAAAUGUAAUCCAUGAUUAAAAAUUGUAACGUGCCAUCUGUGUUAAUGUUUGAGCUUCAAAGAUCAAACAUUGUCUUUUAAUCAGCACUUUUUUUUGCGAGGCAGACACUGGAGGACACAAGGUCAGAUUUCAACAGCAUGCACUCUUGAUAGACUGCUUUAAUUAGUUGGAAAUGAUUCUGUGAAUUUUACAUGCUGCUGGCUGGAGGAACGUUGAUAAUGAGAGUGUUGAACACGUUUGAGUUUUUCUGUGUCGUCUUCCACAGGUGUUGUUUAACGGUUACAUUUCUAAUGCAGGCGGCCGAAUGGUUAGAGCGUCAGCCUCACAGUUCUGAGGACCCGGGUUCAAUCCCCGGCCCCGCCUGUGUGGAGUUUGCAUGUUCUCCCCGUGCCUGCGUGGGGUUUCUCCGGGCACUCCGGUUUCCUCCCACAUUCCAAAAACAUGCAUUAAUUGGAGACUCUAAAUUGCCUGUAGGUGUGAAUGUGAGUGCGGAUAGCUGUUUGUUUGUAUGUGCCCUGCGAUUGGCUGGCAACCAGUUCAGGGUGUGCACCGCCUCCUGCCCGAUGACAGCUGGGAUAGGCUCCAGCACGCCCGCGACCUCAGUGAGGAGAAGCGGCUCAGAAAUGGAUGGAUGGAUGGAUUUCUAAUGCACUUUGUCACCUUGUAAACAAGUCAGCUCAAUUUGUCUGCACAUGCUAUCUGUAAUAAUUCAGUACAAAUGAAGUGUUUCCAUUCUACUUGCUUCUUCCCAGAACACUCGUGUGUGUGUGUGUGUGUGUGUGUGGGGUGGGGGGGGAGAAAACCGAUAUGUUGAUUGGCCCCACAGCUGCUUCAAGCUAAAGGUACGAUGCAAUGUGUUGUACUAUGGCGGGACAAUAGACAAAAAUGUUGCACUGAUAUUUUAAAUGUCCUGCAUGCUAUAGUUUGUCUCUUGACUUCUUUGUAAAAAAAAUAAAAUACACUGUACAUUUGUACAGUUCACAACAGUUAA